UUUAUGAGUUGGCCAGUCUGGCGGCACAGGCGGUGACUUCCUGCGCACUAGGAACGAUUCAGAGACUUAGGGGCACUCGCCAUCAGCACCGAACUCCGUAGUUUCAUCCUCCUCCCUUGACGAGAAUUCCUUUCCGGCGGGCAGAAUAGGUAACGCGGCGGGAAAUCCAGAAGGUGGGGAGUCAGAAGGGACUAUGGAGAACGGGACAGACACAGCACCCGUCCCAACUUUGGGUGACGUGGAAACGGCGGCCAAAGAAGUGGCCACCCUCCAGGAGCAGAUUCAGCAGCUCUUAAACCUACAGAAGGAGGCUGAGAGUGAAAACCACAAACUGGCCGAGACGCUGAGCCAAGAGCAGAAACAGACCAACGGGACUGCGGAGGAAAACUUGACGUCCAAGGUGCAGCGACUGGAGCAGGAGCUGCAGAUUCGCACUGAGGACCGCGAAAACUACAAGAAUAAACUUCAGUUGGCCGAGAAACGGAUAACCGAGUUGGAGGCGGAAUUGGACGUGGCGAAAAAAGGCUCUGAGGCGCUGACCGAUAAUGAAAGAGCAACAAUUAAAGAAACUUUAGACAACAUGACGGACACUCUGAAGUCAUCAACUAUACAGACCGAGAGUUUCCAAAGGCAAAACACGCAGCUGCAGAGCCAGGUCAAGGCGCUGAAAGAGGUCGUGGCCGUUCACAAGGAACUUCUUAACAUCAGGGGGCUUGAAACAGACCAACUUAAGACAACGAUUAAACUGUUGGAGGAUCACGCGCUGGCCGAGAAGGAGCGUCGUAGCGCCGUUUUGUCGAAAAUGGAGACGGCAGUGAAGUUGAACGCAGAGCUUAAGAACGAGUACGAAAACCAGCUGCGCAUCUUCCAAGACCUCAAGAGCAAAUACGAGCAGAAGGUGGAAUUGAUCAAGAUCGAAAACGAGAAGUUGAGAGCUCUGGUGCCACCAGAGGCAAUCGCCGUGCUUGAAAUGCUCCCUGAAGAACCCCUUCUUGAGCAGUAACGUAAUUAAAAAAAAAAAAACUUCCGCUAAAAUUUGUGUACCAAUUAAGGAAAAGGUGGGGACAGUAAACAAAAAAUUUUUGAAAUUUGUCUGUUUAUUUACAACAAAAUAUAUAUAAUAUUAUAUGGAACUUUUAAGGGAA